AUGUCUCGGAUCCCGAAGCUCAACGCCGAAGAUACCCUCCACCUCCCCCGCGUCCUCUGUCUCCACGGCGGCGGUGUCAACGCUGAAGUCUUUGAGCUACAAUGCCGAGCCAUAAUUUCCCGGCUAAGCACAUCCCUCCGCCUCGUCUUCAUGCAAGCACCAUUCAUCUCAGCACCUCAUCCUCAAAUCGUCAGCGUCUACGGUGACUACGGUCCUUUUCGGCGCUGGCUCCGCUGGCAGCCCGACCACCCCGAGAUUGAAGCCGAGGCCGCAGCCGGGGAGAUCCGCUACCAAUGCCGACGGGCUAUGGAGGAUGACCCGGGGACGGGGGGGUGGGUCGGUGUGCUGGGCUUCUCUCAGGGCGCCAAGAUUGCUGCCAGCUUAUUGUGGACGCAGCAGCAAGUGACGGCAAAGUUUGGAGCUGCAGAGUCACUGACGCAUUUCAAGUUUGGAGUGCUCAUGGCUGGAAGGGCACCUCUGAUCAUGUUGGAUCAUCGUCUUCAGGAAAUGCCUCAUAUUGUUGACGCGGCCCUUCUAAGCUCCGAGUUUACUGACUGGCCCGAGACCAACGAGGGUGAUCAUGUGCUGAGCAUUCCAACUUUGCAUGUCCAUGGCCUACGAGACCCAGGAACGGAACAGCAUCAGGUCUUGAUGAACAAGUACUGCCAGACUGGUACGACAAGAUUGGUUGAGUGGGACGGUGGACAUAGAAUACCCAUCAAGACGCAUGAUGUGGAGGCUGUGGUUGAAAAGAUCUUGGAGCUUGCAAAAGAGACACAUGCAACCAAUGAGCUGCCCAAUUGA